UGUUGCUCACAGUGGAAAAAGUAUUGGAAGAGGAAUUACACGCAACCUCUGGGGAAGAGAAGAUUUAUUUUAGGCUCCUAUUUGCAAAUUUUGCGUUUGAAACAAAAUCAGUCUGCAAUGAAAGCUUUCAAGCUGUUGUUCAUGUGCAUUGGAUUCGCUACGACAGUCGAUAUUUCCGUGAAAGUUCAAUUCAGGGGCAGUGCAAUGAUGACGUCACUCCGAUAUGAGGAAACGAUCACGGCAAAGAACGAGAGAGAAUUAAGAGAGAAAUUGACUGAAAAGCUGGAAAACGCAUUACUGGACAAACAGAUUGAUGAAGUUACUAUAACAACCGAGGUUUCCCAUGGCAACGAGGUUCAUUCAACCAAAAUCACCAAGUUUGACGUAACAACUCGUAAUGAACUGGAUCUGGAUGACACGACUUUCGAUACUUCUACUAAAGGUGAUGAUAUCACAAAAGCCGCUACGUCAUCUAGCUACCGAACAGAGAAAGAUCGUGACGUCACAACAACGACUGUGGUCGAAAACGGUUUCACAACUCAAUUGAUCACUUCCAUUGCUUCCACUAAGUCGUUCCAGGAGUCGACUGCGGCCACAGGCUGUGUCGUUGUUCACAAUUCAAAAUGUUUUCGAGCGAUCGUUUAUGACUACAUGAACAUCUCCUUCAGCGUUGCUGAAUCUAUCUGCGGAAACAAACUUGCUAACAUUUAUGACAUCACACACUUUAACCUACUUCAAGAUUAUUUACGACCAAUGAUUCCUGAUGGAUGGUUAUACGCUUGGGUUCGUACAGGAAUGACUUACAAGAACGGUCAGCUGUAUUCAACGACGGGCCAAGCUAUAUCUCUGCCAACUGAGGUUUGGUUUCCUAAUUAUUAUCCAUCUUCUGAUGCAUCAUACACAACUGUUGUUGUUCGUGUCAGUCGAAACCCGGAAGACGCAUAUCAAGGGAUUUAUAAUGCGACUCCUUCCAUAGGAUUUAACGGAGGCCUUUGUGAAAAUGAAUUAUAACUCUAUUCAUCGAAUGAUUGAUAAACUAAAACUGUAGCAUUAGGGUUAUUAGUAGGUUGCAUGUCCGCAUUAUAUUUUGAAUGAGAUGCAAAAUUUAUAUAUAGAGAGACAAGCCUUAACACAGCACAAUCCUGUCCACUAAUCUCAAAUUUGAGGGCUAUAUGAUGCGUAUUCAAAUGAGGUUUUUCUUGCGUGGGCAUUUCUAAAAAACGCAUUUUGCUUGUAAGAUUUCUACCGCAUAGAAUAUUUUUCAGAUGUGUUCGAGAAAUGUUUGAAUUUAUUAUUCUACCUGAUUUGUUUUUAAGGGUAAUGGAAUUGUGCACGAUAUUGUUUAUUCGGUACUCCCGAAGUAUGUGAUCCAAGAUGGCAAAUACUGAAACGUAGUAUGUGUACCAGGCUAGA